UAUUAAUAAAACGCUUCAGAAAUACAUUCAUUGCACAAUUACUGCUAGUAAUUCACGUGCUGGCCGCAGGCGUCACCACAACCGGCAUUAGAGCUAGGGCGGACACGCUGCUCUGAUGCAGCAUCAAUUGUCACGAGGUUCUUUUUGCACUAGGCGACUAUGCAUACGGAACCGGCCGUCGUUGUCUCAGUCAGGACUUCGGCUGCAUCGUCUAACACGGAAUGCUGCGGGGACCACAGAAGCAGCCGAGCAGCCUAGCAUUAGUGCGGACGAUAGCACACACCAAACUGGAUCAGCUAGCGUUACUCCUGUCACAGUCGUAGAGGCGUCGGUGGUGGAGCCCGAAGCGGGACAUACGGACCGGGAUGCCCCCAGCGCGAGCACCAGCGAAAAUGCCUGGAGGGACGCUUUGUUCCCUGAGGUGCCGCUGAGCACCUCUCGUGAGGCGGGGUGGCAGUACGCGGCGCUUGGAGGGGCGUACGCGGUGGCGGGCGGCGCUGUCGCAGUGGCCGCGCUCCGCUCCCCGCAAUCCCUCUUCCCAUCCGCCGCCGCAUCCGCUGUCGGCGGUGACCCGUGGGUCGGCACGCUGCUGGGCUGCCUGGCCGCCACCUACCUCCGCGCCGCCGGCGUGUUCCUGCACCUCAAGGCGGCGGCGGACGCCGGUGAGUUGCUGGCCUGGCGGCACCAACGGCUGGCGGCGGCGACGGCCCUGUACGGCAUCGUGGCAGCGGCGAGUCAGCUGGCGGGGGUGGCGUCGGCGCCGCUGGCAGGCCUGCAAGCCCUGCUAGCCGCCGCCACCGCCUUCGUGGUGCUGCGGACCGGUCGCCAGCUGUGGUCCGUCCGCCCCUUCGUGUCCGCGAUCACCGAUCUGGGUCAGGGCAGCCGAUUGGUUCUGGAGCCGCAGGAGGAGGAGCGGGCAGGCGUGCUGACAGAGGUGGAGGCCGCGGCAGGUGAGACUGCGGUGGCGGGCGGCACUGGAGCACUAGCAGCUGAGGCGAGAGCAGCAGGAGAGGAGGCGGUGGGAGUUUCCGGGCAGGCGUUUGCCGCGUCGUCUUCCUCGCCUUCCUCUUUGCAAGGGCAACAGUCACGCGAGGAGCAGCACGCAGGCGAGGGCAGCAGCGGUAGCGGCGGUAGCGGCAGCUCUGGUUCGGUGCAUGUGGAUGUGGAGUUGCAGCCCGGGGGGGUUCUGGCGGAGUGCUGGCGGGCUGCGGGGGAGGCGGUGUCCUCGGUGGCGGUGGUGCUGCUGCUGGGGGUGGCAGGCCUGUCACUGUGCGGCUUCUUCCACAUCAUGUUCGCGGGGGCACCGGCCCUGUCGGUCACUCCCUUUGGGGCCGCCUGGCCAGGUCAGCCCCUGACGCUGCCCGCCAGUGCGGCGGCGCUGCGGCGACUGGUGGGCGCGGGGCUGCUGCUGACGGCGGCGACGGCGCAUGGGCUGCUGGAUUUCGCAGUGAAUGUACGGCAGCCGCCGCCGGCGGACGACCUGGCGGCUGUGAAGCGCGUCAUGCUGAUACAUCUCGCUCGGACAAAGGACCGCCUGGCAAAGUACUACCUACCAGAUCCGGCCACCUUCCGCGUCCUCAACCUCACCUUCAUCGCUGCUGCCGUACUGCAAGCGUUCUUUGUCGUACGCGCCCCCAGUUUGGGCGUGGACGUCAACUGGGACGGCCCGCUGUGGGGCUCGAUGUACGGCACUUGGAUCCUGGUGCUGUCGUACGGCCUGGUAGCGUUGACUUCGUUUGACUGGGGCUCGGUUGCCGAUACGGUGCUGCGGUUGUUUGGCUGGGGUGCGGCAGGGGUGUUGGCGUUCUUCAACGCGUUUGUGUGGAGGUUUGAGUGGGCGGAGAAGCCAGUCCGGAAGUAAAUGCAGCGGAAGGUAGAUACUGGUGCUGCUUGGUCUGCUGGCCUUGGGGUAAAUUGGCCAAAGACAGGAGCCAAGUUUAGGUAGGUAACCCGUGGUGCCGUACCUAUGUUGCUGAUGGGCUUGCGGUGCGUGCUGCGGUCGUGCACAUCGCAGAGCUGAUUGGCCCAACUCAAGGGCUUGCCUUAUGCAGAAAUAUUAAACAGAAUUAUGAUACGUACCAAGCAAGUCAAUUGCAUGUUGAGAGGUUACCGCUUACCGGUAUGGCCGACGACAAAAAAGCGUAUGAGGCAUUUCGUUUGCGCAGCUUUGCACAGUCGCAUCCAGGCUUGCCAGUGCAGCACCGCGAGCAAAUAGAAGAAGAUGACCUUGACGAAGGCUGGGACAUGGAGGGCGAUGGUGCCGAUGGUGCCGUUCCCACGUCAAAGAGAGACACUUCCCUACAGUAUCAUCAACGUCGGGUUAUCUUGCACUUCGAUUGUGAUUGCUUCUACGCUCAGGUUGAGGAGGUGCGCAACCCGGCUCUCCGGGAUGUACCGCUGGGAGUCACGCAGAAGUACCUCAUUGUCACGUGCAACUACCUGGCCCGUGCCGCAGGUGUGACCAAGCUCAUGAACACGCGUGACGCCCUGGCCCGCUGCCCCCACCUGGUGCUGGUACCCGGGGAGGACCUGGGGCCGUACCGCCAGGCAAGCAAGGCCAUCUUUGCCGUACUGUCGCGGUACGGCACCGCGGAGAAGCUGGGGUUGGACGAGACGUACGUGGACGUUACGCAGGAGGUCCUCCGGCGCCUCCACAGCGGCACCUUCGCCCCUCCCGCGCCCCCUCCCCGCCUGGUGGGCCACCUGCACACCCCCGCUGCAUGCGCGGUGGCAGCGGACACCGCACACCGGCCCCAGGACCUGCGGGCGGUGGUGCCCGCGGCGGGUGGGGGGCCGGCGGGAGCAGCAGCAGCAGCAGGAACGAUAGCAGCGGCGGCACCGGCACCUGUGUCUGGUGAGGCUGAAGCAGCAGCAGUAGGAGGAGGAGCAGCAGCAGCGGGGCCGUUACCUAUAGGAGCAGCAACAGCAGCACCAGGAGCAGUGGGAGGAGGUACGGCAGCACUUGUCGGUACGGCAGCUGGUGAUGAUUGGCGGUUGCUGUUGGCGGUUGGCAGCAUGGUGGCGGCGGAGGCGCGGGCGGCGGUUCGAGCGGAGACGGGGAUCAGGUCGUCGGCAGGUAUCGCGCCCAACAAGCUGCUCGCCAAGCUGGUCAGUGGGCUGCACAAACCUGACGACCAGACCGUCAUAAGUCCCCAGUGGGCCGCGGAGUUCGUGGGCCCCCUGCCCCUCCGCGCUCUGCCCGGAGUGGGUUUUAAAACCGAGCGGCUGUUGUCAGAACGGUUGGGAGCCGCAACUGCCGCCGACGUACGGCGCUACAGCCGGCAGCAGCUAGCAGAGGUCCUGGGCGACAAAGCAGGGUGCCUGCUGCACCAGUGGGUUCGCGGGUGCGACCCCGCCCCGGUCCGACCCACGGGUCCGCCACGCAGCAUCACGGUGGAGGACUCCUUCCGCUGCUGCAGCAGCCGGGCGGCGGCGGAGGCGGUGGUGCGGGUGCUGGCUCCGGACCUACUGGGCAGGCUGGCGGAGGAGUGGGCGGAAAACAGGCGGCGCCCCGCCACCCUCACCCUCAAGUGGCGCCUGGCUGGCACCGGCUGGACGCGCACCUCUGCAUCCGCCGACAUGCCGCCCAACCUGCUGUCGUGCCUGCCGUACCUGGCGGGAGGGAAGCAUGCAGAGCCGGCACAGGUGGAGCUGCUGGUCCGAGUCGCCACGCAGCUGCUCUUCCGUCACCUGAGGGAGCCCUUCCACCUCACCCUCAUCAACAUUGGGGCCACCAACUUCAAACAGGAGGGGGGAGCAGGAGGGGGAGGAGGCAGCACCAGCCACCACCACAACAGCAUGGCAGGGGGGAGUGGCGGCGGCAGCGGCGGCGGCGGUAACGCCACGGCUGGUACGAUUUUGGAUCUCUUUAACCGCCGACGUAACGCCAACGCAAACGUUAACCCCAGUACAACGCGCACUGGUGCCGACGACGCUGCUGCAGCGGGCGCAGCAGCACCUGGCAUGUACGGCGGGCUUGGCGGCGGAACGGACGACGAAGAUGAGGAGCUGUACGACAUGGCCUCUCCUGAUACCGACGGCGCCGGCGCCGCAACAGCAGCUACCCUUACAGAAGGGGGCUCAAUAGCAGCAGCAGCGGCGGGUAGUGGCGGCGGCGGCGGCGGUGGGGGUAUGAGUCCGGCUGAGGCUGGUCGUGCGGCUGAGCGGUCGGCAGCUUGGCGUCGGGACUACCGAGGAGCCGGGGGAGGAGCAGCGGGUGGGGCGGUCGGAGCAGGACAGGCAGCCGCCCUAGGGGUGCCGCUGCUCAGCAAGAGUCGUGAGAGAGCGCUCAGAGAGGCGGCCGCGGCGGGGGCAGCAUGGUCAGCGGCGGGAGGCAUUGCUGUGGAGGGGGGAAGGGGAGCAGCGGUAACAGCUGUAAGGCCGCAGCUGGCACCGCAGUCGCAGCUGCCCGCAUCGCCACACGGGCUGAUGCUGCCGCCACCUACCGGAGGUAGAGGCGCCAGUGGUGGCGUGAAGGGAGCUGACGGCGGCAGCGGCGGAGGCGCCGGGAGUGCUAGGCAGCAACCGGUGUCGACGUCGUCGUCGUCGCUGCAACGGUGGACGCGGCUGCAACCUCCUAGGACGACCGCGGCGGCGGCACCGGCACCGGCGGCAGCGACGGCGGCAACUGACUUUAGUGUCACCACCACCCAUGCGCCGUCACCGCCGCCGCCGCUGCUGUCGUCAUCUUUCAGUCCCUUCGCUGCGACCCGGCGGGAGUCCGUUGCAGCGCGCACCACCGCAGACCUUGCCGACGUCGCGGCCACCCCCGCCACAGCCGCCGCCGCAGCAGCCGAUGCCAAUACGGGGGAUGCCGUUGGCGCCGGUCCUUCGGGCCGUGAAAUGGAUGCUUUGGAUCCUGCCGUACUCACCUACCGGAUAGUUGACUUGUACGGCAGCCGCAGAAGUGGAAUACGCCGUACGGGCAGGAAGCGACGGAGGAAGAUGAGUAGCGGCAGCAGCAGGAGGCAUCCUGGGGAAGGCAGCGGCGAGGGCGAUGGUGGUGGUGAUGGUGAAGAGGGCCGGCGGUGGAAGAGGAAGAGGAGGAGGAGGGGCUCCGGGCAACAGCAGCAGCAGCAGCAACCUCAACAGGAUUGGCAGGAGCAGCAGCAACAGGAGGGGGAAAGGCUGUUAAGCCGCAGGGGUUACGGGAUUGCGGAGGUGCAGGAGGGCAGCAGCGACGAUGGCGACGGCGAAGACGGCGCAGAUAGCUCUGACUUGGAUGAUGCAGUGCAGUGCAGCAGUGGGGGCAGCAGCGGCAGCGACGGUGCAAUGAGUAAUGGGAGUGACGACGAUGAAGACAGCAGCAGUGGCAACAGUGAUAACAGCAUUGCUAGCAGUGGCAGCAGUGGCAGUGACAGCGAUGGAGGCGGGUUGUUCUGUUGGGCUAGCGGCUGGGAGUGUGAGCGCUGGGGGCGGCAGCAGCAGCCUUCUUCACCACCACCUCCUCUUCCUCCCCCGCAGCGGCAGCGGCAGCAGCAGCACCCCGCUGCGUCCCCCCAUGCGCUUGCUUGCCCCCCGCCUGCCCCUGAUUCUGCUGCCCCGCCUCCUGCAACUGCUGCUGCUACUCCUCCAUCUCCUUCAUCUGCUGCUGCUGCCCCCCGGCGGGUGAUCCUGCAUGUGGAUGUGGACUGCUUUUACUGCCAGGUAGAGCGGCUGGACGACCCCUCCCUGCUCGGAGCCCCCCUGGCGGUGACGCAGUUCAACGCGGGCGGCUUCGUGGCGGUGUCGUAUGAGGCGCGGGCGGCGGGGGUGCGCUGCGGAGACGGAGUGGGGGCAGGCGGCCGGGCGGCCAUACCCCACCUCAAGGCCAUGGGCUCCCUCAGCCUGGCCGCCGCCCGGCGCCGCUGCCCCAGCCUGGUGGUGCGGCCCAUGCGAGUGGAGCGGUAUCGGCAGGUGGCGGAGCAGGUGCAGGCGGUGAUACGCAGGUUCUCCCCCUGCGGCCAGGUGGAGAAGGCCAGCUACGAUGACUUCUACCUGGACGUCACGGC